UUCCAGCAAGGCCGAAUAUGAUGGCGUUUGUCUUGGUGAAUGAUUUGCUGGCGGCCUCUGGCGGUUGUAGCCGUGAACCGCAGCUAUGCAGAGAGUCGCACUCUCAGUUGCGUCUUUCACCGUCCGCCGCGCUGCAGCAAGUGAACCAUGGCCCGCAAUUAAAGCAGGACUGAGAAGAACCAAGCAUUUCUCUGCAAACAGGGCGUUAGCCUCGCUCCCGAGUUGCUGUCAUGAUGAAGGACUGCUUACACUUCCUGAUCGAGCCAGCCAAAAAGCUCAAGAUUCGACUCAAGGAGUCACGCAAGCGAGUGAGGCUGGAAAAGAAGGAGCGACUGGAAGAAAGUCAGAUAUUUAUAAUGGAAUUGGCAAGAGAACUCAACAGAAUUUGCCAGAGGUCAGACAUCCUCAGCCACAUCUGGACUAAUAAGGACAUUUGGCCAGCCAAUGUGUGCCGGGAGUUUAUUGUUGCUUGGUCAGACAUUUUGGAGAAGAAACUUCAGACAAAAGUCCACAUGAUUGAGCGGCAGUGUGAGAGGGCAGAGAAGAAGGACUGGAAGGGUCACCUUCUCUGUAUCCUAGAGGCGGGCGGUGAGGGCGACAUGGCUCCAUACAAAAGACUCAUCAUGGACUGGACACGGGAGAUUAAACGCGGACCGCAGCCGACAGUGUGGCCUGGGGAGCCUGUGCUGAUGAUGCUGGAUGAUUUGGAGUUCCAGUGGAAGAGAGGCCGCCUGCCAAACUUGCUCCCAGCGGUGGAGCUCAUCAUGCUGGCCGUGCUGAACGCACAAAGUCCUGUCCAGGAGGAUGUGACCAAGCAGUGGCUGGUGUUGAAGCAGAGGAGCCAGAAGAUCGAUGCUGUCCGGUACAUCCCUCAUUUUGUUUGGAAUUGGAUCUGUGAUGCAGCAGACGACGUCAAGCUGGACUCUGACUCUGCAAACCCAGACCUGCUGAUCUCUAGCGAUGAGAAACAAAUGCGGUGCGGUCUGGAGCCUCAAGAGGUCCAUUGUUGGCAGCAGCGCUUCAGCGGCUGGAGGUGUGCGGUGGCCCAGGAGUCCUUCUCCUCCGGGAGGCACUACUGGGAAGUGGAGGUUGGGGGUCGCGAUUGGCGUUUGGGACUGGCCAAGGCCUCAGCUGUGAGGCAGGGCUUCCGCUCUCUCAACACUGACUCUGGCUACCUGACGCUGCGUCUCGAGAGAGGCGUGGAUUUGAAGGCCUUGACAGUGCCAGCCACGCCUCUGCCUCAGGCUCUGCCAAGGAAGGUCGGGGUCUAUCUGGACUAUGAGCAAGGCCAGCUGUCUUUCUACGACGUAGACAAACGGUCGCACCUCUACACGUACAACGAAAAGUUCUCGGAAGACGUCUUCCCGGUGUUUGGGACUGUGGAGAUCCUAAGUGACCUGGUGAUCCGGCCUGCUGACGCCAGAGCACCGUGCCUCUGCCAUGGAGUCUGUCUGUGGACCUGAACACCUCAUCAAGACCUCAGCACUAGGCUUGCACUUACACUUUUUAGGAGCUUAACUUCCUCCACCAAAGAGACAGUUAUCGUCUUCAUCCAGCUCAUGGCUUUGGUCCAGCUUCAAACAUACUCAUGAGUUCAUUUGAAAGAAGUUAGGGUUUACAAUGGCCAUUUUACCUACCAUGAAGCUGCAAUGUACCCUUGCUUGACUGGGCAAGACACCAAGCCUUGAAGGGGUCUCUAAAACCAUAAGUCAGUUCAAUUCCCACCUCAAGACAUUUUUCAACGUAUGCACGUGUAUCGCCUGGCAGCUAGGGGGCAGCAUUUACUAUAUUUCCACCGAGCUUUGCGUUGCAUGAAAAAGCUAUGUAAUCCGAAAUCCAACAUAAUAUGACCGGUCGCUUUGGUCCGUUCUAUGUGGAAUUUCAUCGUUUGCUCCUAUGAAUGUGCUUUGCUCCGGAAGCAUGCAGCCACUGGACAGCAUUGCGCUUCCUCCUGCAUGUACAGUGGUUGUGUUUUUAGAUGACAAUGACAGCUCAAAUGAGUCAACUACAGCAGAGAUGUUUACUAUCUUUACAGUCUUUUCCUCCAUCUAAAACUGGAUGGUUAUUGAAUCUAUAGCUAUAGAUAUCGCAGAUCACAUCUUUGCUGAGGGGAAUACAAGAAGUUCCCCUGUCAGACAAGAAAUAAAGACCUGCAUUAUACUGUAUAUUGUUUGGUUAGAUUCAGGAGAAACCUAAGAUUCAGCUUUCAUGGUUCUUCUCGAUGCAAACGAAUCGAGAAAAAAAAACGUAUUAUUUCAAAAAUGUUAAAUUAUUUCAAGAUGUUCGUAGCUAUUUUUACAGUGACUGAGCCCACCUGGUGAAAUGUCAGGCAAGCAUGUGACCUGAGGCAGCUCUCAUUGGUUUCUUCCAAAUGAGCACACGCCCACAAGGACAUGUGAUAACAUUCCAUGAGUUUUAUGUAAUUUAAUGAGAGAAGCAAGAGACAGUCUCAUCAUGUCAAACACUAAAGUAACUCAGCCAACUCACAAAAAUUGGUUUUCAGAAGGCGUCGCUAUCUGGAGCACAGUGGAAUGUCAACAUACCAACACAUCACAUUUCAAACCUUUAUUGAGAGCUAUAUCGCUGACAAAAACAGUAGAAACAGUUGAUAUCUGUUAAAAUGUUGUGAGAUAUCCUGAUGUAGUGGUUAAAGUCAAGACCCCCACAUGCAAUUUAAGACAGUAUGUCAAAGUACAAAACAUUUUUCUCACUGCUAAGCAAAUACAAUCUUUAUGUCUUUAUAUAUGUUUAUGCAAAAAUACAACUCUUAAUAUUUGUCUGCUUUUUGGAGUGUUUAAACCGUAUUUGACUGAUUUGAGGCAUAAAGAGCAAAACCAUGUUCUCCUUAGUCAUCAGACAUGUGUAUGUUUGUUGUUUAUGUGCUGAACUGAACACUUAUGAUACAAAUAUUAACAAAAGAAAUCCCCCAAAUUACCAAGCGUCAUUUGGAUGAAACUGAUGCAGAUGAAACAGAUGCUUUUGAAAUGUGUUAUAAAAGAGAUGGCGAUAAUAAAAUAAUGACGUUAUUAAACACACAAUGGCGGAAUUUGAUUUUUCCGUACAAAAAUGAAGGAUUUGAAAACAAAACGCGCCACACUGCUAACAAUGACCUCGAUUUGUAACAGAUGACUUCUUGUUCUUGAUUUCCGAGCUCUGAUUCUUAAG